UGCUAUUUGCAUUUAAUUGGAAACAAAAGAUGAAGAAGGAGAAGCAGUAUAUUCGCUAAGGAGUCUAUCUGCUUGCUGCUGCAGACCUAUGUAUUAAGGAAUUCUUUUGCUUCUUCUUGCGUAGGAGUUGAUCAGCUCUGUGGUCAUACUACUUUGGAAUUUGCCUGUCUUUCAUCUUGUCAUUGCCAGAGAAAUCCUGGUUGGAAUGUAACAGGACAUCUCCAUCUGAUUACUAUGGAAGGUGAUAAACUGACACUCACUUAUUAAAGUUACAUCUCACUCACCCACAGAAAACCAUUCUUUAACGUGAAUAGAAACCAAGCCCUUGUGAACACUUCUAUUGAACAUGACUCAUGGAGAGGAGCUUGGCUCUGAUGUGCACCAGGAUUCUAUUGUUUUAACUUACCUAGAAGGAUUACUAAUGCAUCAGGCAGCAGAGGGAUCAGGUACUGCCAUUGACAAAAAGCCUGCUGGGCAUAAUGAAGAAGAUCAGAACUUUAACAUUUCUGGAAAUGCAUUUCCCACCUGUCAAAGUAAUGGUCCAGUUCUCAAUACACAUUCAUAUCAGGGAUCUGGCAUGCUGCAUCUCAAAAAAGCCCGACUCUUGCAGUCUUCUGAGGACUGGAAUGCCGCGAAGCGGAAGAGGCUGUCUGAUUCCAUCGUAAAUUUAAACGUGAAGAAGGAAGCUUUGCUAGCUGGCAUGGUUGACAAUGUGCCUAAAGGCAAACAAGACAGCACAUUACUGGCCUCUUUGCUUCAGUCAUUCAGCUCUAGGCUGCAGACUGUUGCUCUGUCGCAACAAAUUAGGCAGAGCCUCAAGGAGCAAGGAUACGCACUCAGUCAUGAUUCUUUAAAAGUGGAGAAAGAUUUAAGGUGCUACGGCGUUGCAUCAAGUCACUUAAAAACUCUGUUGAAGAAAAGCAAAGCUAAAGAUCAAAAGCCUGAUACCAAUCUUCCUGAUGUAACUAAAAACCUCAUCAGAGACAGGUUCGUAGAGUCACCACAUCAUGUUGGACAAAGUGGAACAAAGGUCAUGAGUGAACCCUUGUCGUGCGCCGCCAGAUUACAGGCCGUUGCAAGCAUGGUGGAAAAAAGGGCUAGUCCGGCCACUUCACCCAAACCCAGUGUCGCUUGUAGCCAGUUAGCAUUACUCCUUUCAAGUGAAGCCCAUUUGCAGCAGUAUUCUCGAGAACAUGCUUUAAAAACACAAAAUGCAAAUCAAGCGGCAAGCGAAAGACUUGCUGCCAUGGCCAGAUUACAAGAAAAUGGCCAAAAGGAUGUUGGCAGUUUCCAGCUCUCGAAAGGAAUGUCAAGCCAUCUCAAUGGUCAAGCAAGAACACCGUCAAGCAAACUAAUGGCAGGCAAAAAUACCACCUUUCAGAAUCCAAUGGGUGUCGUUCCUUCUUCCCCCAAAAAUGCAAGCUGUAAGAACUCACUAGAAAGAAACAGUAUCAAACAAGCUGCUAAUAAUAGUUUGCUUUUACAUCUUCUUAAAAGCCAGACCAUACCAAAGCCAAUGAAUGGACAUAAUCAUAGUGAGAGAGGAAGCAUUUUUGAGGAUAGUAGUACACCCACAACUAUCGAUGAGUACUCAGAUAACAAUCCUAGUUUUACAGAUGAUAGCAGUGGCGAUGAAAGUUCUUAUUCCAACUGUGUUCCCAUAGACUUGUCUUGUAAACAUCGAAUCGAGAAACCAGAACCUGACCAGCCUGUUUCUCUCGAUAAUUUAACUCAGUCCUUGCUAAACACCUGGGAUCCCAAAGUCCCCACCACUGUAGACAUCAAAGAGGAUCAAGAUACCUCAAGGAAUUCUAAGCUAAAUUCACACCAGAAAGUAACACUUCUUCAAUUGCUACUUGGCCAUAAGAAUGAAGAAAACGUAGAAAGAAACAGUCCUCAGGAAGUACACAGCGAUGUGACCAAGUUCAGUACCCAGAAUUACACCAGGACUUCUGUAAUAGAAAGCCCCAGUACAAACAGGACUACCCCAGUGAGCACUCCUCCAUUCCUUGGAUCCACAAAAGCAGAGUCCCCCAUCAAUCUUUCCCAACACUCUGUGGUCAUCAGAUGGAAGUCCCCACCAUAUGCCUGUGGCUCUCAGGCUGAAAAGCCCGCAAAUACUGCAUCUAACCACUUGAUGGACCUUACAAAGAGCAAGGAAUCGCAAGGAGAGAAACCAGUCCAGAACGAAGGCACCCAAAACCCUGCGACUUUCAGUGCCAGUAAACUGUUACAGAAUUUAGCUCAGUGUGGAAUGCAGUCAUCCCCCUCAGGAGAAGAGCAGAGACCUGGCAAACAGCUGCUAAGUGUCAACACGGAUAGACCUGUAGGCAUGGUUGAUAGAUUAAAUAGUCCUCUGCUCACAAAUAAAGCAAACGCAGUGGAGGAAAACAAGGCAUUUAGCAGUCAAGCAACGGGUCCCGAAUCAGGACUUUCUGGUUCUGAAAUAGAAAAUCUGCUUGAAAGGCGCACUGUCCUCCAACUGCUCCUGGGAAACCCCAACAAAGGGAAGAGUGAAAAGAAAGAGAAGAUUUCUUUAAGAGAUGAAAGUACUCAGGAACAUACAGAUAGAGCUUUAAGUGAACAAAUACUGAUGGUAAAAAUAAAAUCUGAGCCUUGCGAUGACUUACAUAUUCACAAUUCGAAUGUGCACUUGAGCCAUGAUGCCAAGGGUGCCCCAUUCUUAGGUCUGGCGCCUCCGGUGCAGAGAAGCGCAGCUGCCUUACCAGUGUCCGAGGACUUCAAAUCGGAGCCCGUUUCACCUCAGGAUUUUUCUUUCUCGAAGAACGGUCUGUUGAGUCGACUGCUCAGACAAAAUCAAGAGACUUACCUGGCGGAUGAUCUGGACAACAGUCACAGAAACAGUGAACUGACAGUUCUAGAAUCAAAGAACCUUUGCAUGGUCCCUAAGAAAAGGAAGCUUUAUACUGAGCCUUUAGAAAGUCCUUUUAAAAAGAUGAAAAAUAACAUAGUUGAUGCUGCAAACAGUCACAGUGCUCCGGAAGGACUGUAUGGGUCCUUGCUUAACCAGCAAGAGCUGAAAUUUAGCAAAAAUGAUCUUGAAUUUAAAUGCCCUGCCAGUCAUGGUUCAGCCAGCGAAAGUGAACAUAGGAGUUGGGCCAGAGAGAGCAAAAGCUUCAAUGUUCUGAAGCAGCUGCUUCUCUCAGAAAACUGUGUAAGAGAUUUGUCCCAGCACAGGAGUAACUCCGUCGUCGAGAGUAAAAGGAAAGGACACAAAAAUAAUGUGACCAAUAGCAAACCUGAAUUCAGCAUUUCUUCUUUGAAUGGACUGAUGUACAGUUCCGCUCAGCCCAGCGGUUGCAUGGAGAACAGGACAUUUCCAUACCCAGGAGUGGUAAAAGGUCCCAUGAGUCCUCCUUUCUCGGAGCCCUUGGGCUGUGCAGGGUCUAGACCAGAAUCUGGGCUUUUGAAUGGGUGUUCCGUGACCAGUGAGAAAGGACCCAUUAAGUGGGUUAUCACAGAUGCGGAUAAAAAUGAGUAUGAAAAAGACUGUCCAAGGCUGACCAAAACUAACCCAAUACUGUAUUACAUGCUUCAGAAAGGAGGCAAUGCUGUUAGCAGUCGAGAAACACAGGACAAGGACAUUUGGAGGGAGCCCUCAUCUGCUGAAAGUGUCUCACAGGUUACAAUCAAAGAAGAGUUACUUCCUGCUGCAGAAACUAAAGCUUCUUUCUUUAAUCUAAGAAGCCCUUAUAAUAGCCAUAUGGGAAGUAACGUCUCUCGCCCACACAGCGCAAAUGGAGAAGUUUAUGGACUUCUGGGAAACGUGCUAACAAUAAAAAAGGAAUCAGAAUAAAAUGUACCUGCCAUACAGCUUUGGAUCUUUUUAAAACUACUUAGUAUGAACUUGAGAUCUGUAUAAAUAAGAGCAUGAUUUGAGCAAAGCAUGAUAAAAUUGAAACUUUUUUCACUUUGAAAAGUCUUGGUUACUGGUGAUGUUUAAAUAUGCAUACUACUUUUUGCUUUACGUUAGAUGUCAUGAGGAAACUACCGAACUAGCAAUUGGUUGUUUAACACUCUGUAUGCAUCAGGCAACAACUGUGAGUAGCCUAUGAAUGAAAUUCUUUUAUAUAAUCAGAUAAUAGGCAUAAAUGAAAAUGUAAAUCUCCAUCCAUAGUGGAUUAACGCUUUUGCCUUUAUGAGGGUGCUUUAUUUUGCUUUUCAGAAGUCAGCCUACAUAACACAUUUGUUUUUAAAUCCAAAUUGUUAAAUAACUCUUUAAAUGUUAAUUAUUGGAUUAAAAAAAAAAACCUAAUUCACUUCUCAUUAUCUGAUUCAAAAAUAAAUUAGAAAAAAAAUUACAUUUUUCACUUUUGCUAAAAAACAUAUUUAUUUUUAACUCUUGGAAGGGGUUUUGUGGUUCCCAACGUGUCUCCCCCACCCCAGGCCUUUUCAAUAUAUAUUUCUUUAAACCUUGUACUACUUAGUAAAAAUUGAUUACAAUUGAUGGAAGUUUGAUAGAUCCUUAAAAAAAAGGCAGAUUUCCAUUUUUGUAUUUUAGCUACUUUACUAAAUUAAUAUUCCUCCUUUUACAGAAUUAGGAAAGUUAACCAUUUACCUUCAGGUGGUUUCCUGAACAGUUGAAUAUUUAAGAAGUUGUUUUUAACAGAAGCAAAAUGGCUUUUCUUUGGACAAUUUUCACCAUCUCUUGUAAAAGUUACUUCUCACCAUUUCUGUGGUACCUGUGAGUCUUAUGACCAGGGUUUCUUAAAAGCUGGACUCAGACCACCUGCAUUAGAAUCAUCUGGAGCCCUUGUUUUAGAAUGCAGAUUCCUAGGCAGCAUCUCAGAUCUACAGAUCAAGAAUCUCUGCUAAGUGGACCUGAGAAUCUUCCAUCUGCAUCUAAACACACUCCCUAGAUGUUUCUUCUGCAUGCUGAAGUUUGAGAACCAUUGCUUAUGACUUUUCUCAGAACACAGGAUUGUAAAAAAAAACUAUUUGAUGCCUAUAUUUUCCCCAGUACAGUUAUACAUCAACUCAAAAUUUGCAAUAUUAUAGUUCAUAUAUAACCGUUAUGUCUUUGGAAAAUCGGGUUCAGAAUACUUUUUAUGACAAAAAAAAAAUUGGGUGGAGGGGACAACUUUCAUAUCUGGCUCAACAUCUCAGGAAAAUCUGUGAUUAUUUAUGUGUUCUAAUGAGUAACAUCUACUUAAUUAGCCUUAGGGAUGGAAUAACAGGGCCACUUACCAAACUCAGGUGAUUCCAGGAUGGUUUGGAAAUUUCUCCUGAAUACAUCCUUAGUUUCCAUUAAAAUCAUUGUCCUAAGAACAUUGCUGACAAAGAUGAAAACAUUUAUUUCAAACCCAAGAAAGGCACUAAACUCAGAUUGACUAAACAGAAAAAUACAAAGGGCACAUAUACAUGACAGAGUUGUACACGGUCACUCCAUUGGACCUAUUAUUUUAAAAUUGUAAUUAGAAGUAAACAUUGAUGUUAUCUUGGAAGAACUUAUUAUUGAGCCACAUGAGGUUUUGAUCUUGAAACAACUCCAUAUGUUUAAGUUCAGCUUUCACAGUCCACAGUUCAUUGACCAGAUAAUAUUUUUCUUUUUAAAAGUGAGCCAGGUUUGCAACUGACCUAUCAAAAAAUUGUUAUAUAAUCAACUAUUAAUUAGAAGGAAAUCUAUUUGAAGUUGUUCUACUUGAAGACGUUUCUAAGAUUUUUAUAUUAAAAAUGGGCGUUAUUUCCUAAUAUGAUCUAAAACCCUAAAUGAUUAUUUUUUUCUCGAAAUGAUUUGUAAAUAGUUACUGGAUAUAUUAUAAAACAAUAGUCAGGAGUGAAUAUUAUGCUAUAUCAUGGAGAGAUGAAGGUGUACGCUUAUUCUGAAGUGAAAAUCCCACUGGCCAGUGAAUAUAUUCUACUUCAUCCCAUGUUGAUUCUGUGACAAUCUUCUUGUCUACACUAUAUAAAUAAGCUUUUAAACAAGUCAUUUUUUUUUUCCUGCCAUUAUGAAAGGUCUGGAGCCUUAGAGAUAUGCUAAAAAAAUUGUUGGUAUUCCCCUUUGGUCAGGGGAAAAUGGGCUUUCACAAGGGAGUGAAAUUUAGGUCAGGGAAAAGAACAUCAAGGGCCGGCAUCGCUAUAUUUUUGUUUGUUUCUUCAGUUGGUUGGGUGUUUUUGUUGUUGUCAUCGUUCACAGUUAAAGGAAUGAGGAUAUAUAAUACGUAGAUAAACAUGACCAGAAGAAUGACGUUCUGAUUUACUAGAGAAUGUCCCCAAUUUGAUUUUAGGGUGAUUUUAAAGAAAAACCAGUGAGAAAGGGCAUACAUCCAUAAAUUCACUUUGUUUAUGCAUAUGUAGAUAUGAGGAUGCACAUAUACACAUUUUCAAGGACUAUUUUAGAUAUCUAGACAAUUUCUUCCUAAAGAAGUCAUUUGUGAAAGGGUACUGCAGCUCUCAUUGACAUCAGUAAGGUAGCAUUACCUGUUUAUUCUCUGGUACAUGUUACAGAAGAGUAAACUGGUGAGAGUAUAUAUUUUAUAUAUAUAUAUAUAUAUAUAUAUAUAAUAUGUAUAUAUAUAUAU